AUGGUACAUCAAACCAGAAGUUGUUCUCCUCUUCUCCUCUCUUUCACAACAAUACAUAGAAAAGCUUCCAGAUUAGAUAUGGCUUUCCACAUGAGAUCCAUAAGUUUGCCUUCUAGGCCUCAGGCCAAUGAGACCGAGGUUGAGCAAGAACUGCUGAGCCUAGAGGCAAGCAUCUCUUCUUCCAUCACCAUCGGCACGAUGUGUGAUGGUCUGAGGAGGCUUGGAGACAUCUACAAGGGUGUUGAAGAGAUUAUUUGCCUACCAAGCAAUCAAGUUAGCUCCUCUCAGCAGAGGAAGAUGUUGGAUGGAGAGAUGGAAUGCUCUCUUGAGUUGUUGGACCUCUACAGUAACAUGCAAGAGAUCUUCGUCGAAAUGAAGGUCAUCAUCCAAGAGCUGCAAGUGGCUCUGAGAAAAGGGGAUGAUGCAGCUGCUCAAGCCAAGAUCUAG